AUGUCACAACAGCUUGCACUCCGUGUCGAAAAACGAAAGUCAAAGUAUGCACGCUCGCCUCACCGCGAUGCCUCUACAAUAAAACUGACGAGUCGGCUGGCUAGUGCGAUGGUAACAUACCGGCUUGCAGAAAUUGUCAGAGCAAAGGAAAAGAUUGCACUUAUCGACAGCGCGAUGACAAACGAACUAAACCUACUCGCAAAACGAGUGGGCCAUCUGUCCCAAUAUAUCCGGGAGCAUGGUCUGGAGAUUCCUGCUAUGAGUGGGGAAGACGAGCAGAAUCUCAAAAACAUUCUUCAGGCCCUCGGAUUCGAUCACGGGGAGAUCCGAUCGGGGUCCCACCGAGUAAAUCAGGCGGAGAAUUCCACUGAUCAAGAUAAUUAUUCCGUCAGCCCGCCUGAGCAGGACAGCGAAAAUCGGGGCAACGUGAUCAGCAACAGUUCUCCUGACUUCAUGUCAGCUUCCAGCAAGAAUUUCAGCAAUUCGAGGGAACCGCCGACAUUUCGGACAAGCCUGGGUCUUGGCCCAACACCAGAUGAAGGCCAGCGUGACGCUGCGCUAGUUGAUCACGACUCUAGCAUUCCUUUAUUUGCAAAUGCAAUUCAAGAGUCCGCAACUCACGCCAAUAUACCACCAGAUCUGAUGACAUCCGUGCGCGAUCCAGGCAAUGAACAGCAAGAUAAUGCGAUAAGUGAUGAUCUCCCAAGUGCAGAUGCUGAUGACGAGUUUACAAAUCAACUCUCUUGGCGCCUGGGCCGACUCCAAUUGACUCAAGAUGGUCAGCUACGAUACUUCGGUUCAACAUCCAAUCUCACUCUCUUGGAUGGCCUGGUCAGUGUGAAUUUUUCUAGCUCAAAUAACACACAGAAAGAUACACAAGAGGUUUUAGAGAAUGCGAAUCUCAAUGUUGCCAUCGACGAAACUCUGGAACAUCAUUUGCUUGAGCUCUAUUUUGCGUGGCAGAAUCCCUCCUUGUAUCUCGUCGACUAUGAGGUAUUCUGGAAAACCAGACAACAAAACGAAAACGACCAAGAUGGUUUAGUUUCUUCAUAUAACUCGCGGGCCCUAGUUGAUGCAAUGUGA